CGAUUUUAUAUUAAUUAUUUCAUAAUUCUAAAUUAGAAUUAUCUUUUUAACCAAUCUCUGGUUAUUGUUGGAGAAAUAUAUUUCUGUUUGUUGUUUCCGUAACAAGAUGUACAUAAGACCAAUAACUCUGGUUUACUUUUCUUUUUUGUAUACCUUUUAAAUUUCAAAUUAAUUAAUCUUUGUUCGCAUAUGUCCGGUAUUAACUUAUCCGGAUUCCUAGUCUGAUAUAAUAUUUAAAUCUAUUUCAAAACUAAUUCUCUUUUAAGUUUUGUAUUUCAUGAAAUUCUGGUAAAUUUCUCAAAAAUAAUUAUGAAGUGUUUUGAGGCUCAGUAUAUCUAGGAUCCUAUUUGAUCUAACAGUUUUAGAGUCAAUUUGAUACAAACAUGUCGACGGAAUCACUGGUACUUCCCUCCCUCCAUAGAGGAGAAGUUCUUCUCACACCAGAAGACGCAAUGAAACUUAACAAGGAUUUGGAAAAGUCAAAUUAUAGGUUCGAGGUUAUUUUUGAGGUCUACAACCCCCCAAAAAUACCUCCAAAGAAGCCAAAAUCUGUGGAACUACACCUUCGCUCUAAAUCCCAUUCACUUGGAGAUGAAUACACGCCCUCCAGAUCAACGAAAAAGCGCAUUAUCUCGAAACAGGAAUCUUCUCUAAGGUUCGACUCUUUUGGAAAUAACUCCGGCGAAUAUUUUGAAAAGAGGUCCUCAAGACCGAGGAAACAGACGUUUAGUUUCACCGAUGAUUUGUAUGAUGAACCCUCUAAUUUCGCAUAUUCAGAACCCUAUAAGCCUGAAAAAUCUAAACCAAAUAAGACUUCUUCACAAAAAUCAUCACAAAAGGACAAUAAGCCCGUUAAAAUCCUCUACAGAACGGUCCCAAUCUCGACGAAACACCUACCUAAACUACCCAAGAAUACCUGGGAAUACUCCUGUUAUCGCAUCCUCCAGAUGAUCAAGUACAUGGACACAGAUAAGUGGUUUUGGUACCCAGUGGAUCCAGUUGUGGAUGGAGUGCCAGACUACUUGACUGUGAUUAAGCGUCCAAUGGAUUUUCACACGAUUACCGAGAGAUUACACACAAAGCACUAUUCAAGUCCUUACGGCUGGCAAACAGAUAUGCGUCAAAUAUUUUACAACGCGUUUCUGUUUUACCCACCCGAAAACAUCAUUUGCCAAGCAGCUCGGACACUGUCACUGGCUCUUGAGAAUAAACUUAAGUCGUCCAGGUACAUUAACCCUGACGAGUUUUACUUAACAUUGUCAAUGGAUCCAGCCAAGUUGAGAGAGGAAAUAGAAAAUUUAUACGCCCCGAGGAGUAGGAAAGCCUAUGAUGCGUGGGUAGCACCAGUUCAAACACUGGAAGACCGAAGGUCUAAAAAGAGAUUUGGACGUCUUGGAAGAUUAGAUGAGGAUAACUACACAGAUCUCGACUCUAUUGACACCUCAGGUGACUUCACAGACGACGACGAGUACGUGAACUUGAAUUCAAAAUAUUCCAAAAAGAAGACGAUUAGACCAGAUAGAGGGUUGAGACAAGAUAGAUCGAGAGCUGAGUCAGGAAUGAGAAGACGGAAACCAGCUAAAUUUGGAGCAACAAUGUUUGGUUCUGAAGAGAUCCCACAGUAUGGGUUAGUACCCCAACCACCAACAAUACAGAAAAUGCUAAAUGAUAAACCACUGACACUUUCACAGCAAAAAACACUCCAGGCUAAUAUGUUCAGACUUGCACCAAACCAGCGCAAAGCAGCCUUAGAGCUAGUCCAGGAUGAGCUUGGCAUCCUGGCCGACAACCAUAAAGACGAUCCUCAGUUCUUUUUCGAUACAGAUUUGCUAUCAAUUGAGAGGCAAAAGCAGUUCUUCACGUACGUAAACCAAAUGGCCAAGACUAACGUGGAACACAUGAUUAAGAGUGAUAAGGCAAAGGUUGCAAAGCAAGCCUCAGACGUUAGGAUCAUGAGCAGGCCAGAGAAGUUCAGAACCCCUUCAGGAAUGUUCAGUGACUCUUCGAGCACUUCAUCGAUUUCUGACGUCGCUUCUAAUUUGCUAAGUUCUGAUGAUUUCUUUAGCUCUUCAGAUUCUGAAAAUGAAAUUGUUCCUGAAAAACCUGUCAGAACAGACAGUCAAAAAGAUACUGGAUUGCCCGAAUACUUGCCUGUGGAUGAAUUUGAGGGAGAUAAACACCACCUGAGUGAAGGAAUAAUGGGAAACCACGCGGACUUCCUAGGGAAGAUCGAAACCCCCAGCGAGAGUGACAACAUGUCAACCAGCGGCAAAAAAACUGCUUGGAUGGACUGGAAGGGCCAGGCGAUACACCACCGCGACGUGGCUCAGCAGACUGGAGUGCCUCCCAGAAACGAGGAUGAGCAAAUCGCAGAGAGUUUUGACGCAAGAAUCUAGUGUAGAAUUUAGUGUAAAAACUAGUAUAAAAAUUUACUCCUUGUGUUAAUAUGUUAAUCUAACUUUA